CUUGCCAAGUUUCAUCGAGUGAGGUUAGGUUAGAUGAAAGAUCCAACAACCCGCGAUGAAGUUCACGAUUCUCACAACAUUAGGAACGUUGCUUAUAAUCGUUACAACAGCGGGCGGCACUCUAUCGCCUCGUCAAAGCAAAGGAAAGAAAAGUAGCGUAAAGAAGGGGCCGGUAGAUGAGGACGUCUUCCAGAGAGGAUUAGUCCUCGAUGAUCCUUCUGCCAAGGACAUAUCCUCCGAGGCUAAUGCUUAUUACAGGGAGACUGGUAUCAGGAGGUUUGAAGGAGCAGUCCUUGGCUAUGUCACACCGUGGAAUAACCAUGGCUACGAUGUUGCGAAAAUUUUUGGCGGCAAAUUCACGCUCAUAUCGCCGGUGUGGUUACAAAUUCAUCGAAAUGGUCAGAAUUCGUACGACAUGCCAACGCAUGACGUUGACAAGGGAUGGAUGAAAGCUGUGCGUAAAGCCAACAAUGCGAAUCACACUGUCAAAAUAUUGCCAAGAGUAAUCCUUGAACAAUGGACACCCAGCGACAUUAAACUUCUACUUACUAACUCGCAGGGACAGAAUCAGUUUAUAAAAACACUCACCGACACUGCUAAGACAUUCCAAUUAGAUGGGUAUGUUCUGGAAAUAUGGAAUCAGCUUGUGGCUAGCAACGCAGAUAAUAAAUUGAUCAUUGAAUUGAUUAAAUCAAUCGCUAGGCAGCUGAAACAAAACAAUCUCGACUUAAUUCUCGUCAUUCCACCUUUUAGAGGUGUGCCCGAUGAAAUUUUUAGUAGUCAACACUUUGAGAAGCUGGCCGACUAUGUUUCAGCCUUUUCUCUUAUGACUUAUGACUAUUCUAAUGUACAACGACCAGGACCAAACAGCCCCGUCGAUUGGGCGCGCCAGUGCGUCGAAAGGUUAUUACCAGAUGCACGUGAUCCAAGACGAGCUCAGAUUCUACUUGGGCUUAAUUUUUAUGGAAACGAUUACACUAUAGACGGAGGAGGACCCAUCGUCGGGCAUCAAUACUUGAACUUGCUACAAAAUUACAAGGGGAAGCUUAAAUGGGACAAUACUAGUGCCGAACAUUACUUCAGUUUCAAAACAUCAAAUGGUCGACACUUGGUCUUUUAUCCAUCCCUACUAUCGAUAAAUACUCGAAUAAGUUUGGCAAAAGAAUUAGGUACUGGAAUUUCUAUUUGGGAAUUGGGACAAGGCUUGGAUUUUUUUUACGAUUUACUGUAAUUUUUCCAGAAUUUUGAGCGAUAUUCGUCAAAUAAUUACAAAGUAAAACUAAACAUGAGAUUA